GAUGCUUGUUAUAGACCUCCGCAUUGUCAAUGUUGGUCUAAAAGAGUUUAUUAAUGUUUUCCUUUUAAGUACUCAACCUCCUAAAUUGGUUUCCGGAGCUGAAAUUUGCUCAAGACAUUUACCGGAAGGCGAAUCAUAUGCCGAGUGGGAGGGGAAGGUGGCCGAUGGAGAGCCGGAACAAAGAUGCAGGAUUACAAUUGUCGUUGAAAAGAGGGAAUUUGAUAAAAGAGACGACGAAUCCGAGUCUAGGGGGAGAAGGGAUGAAUCAACUUCUACCAAUAGAACGGCUUCGAAAGAAGAAACGAUACUUUGCAGAACGCCGAAUGGGUUUAAUGCGACAUUCAACGUUAUAUUGAAUCACUUGAGAGCAUCUGGCAAGACGCCGAACGAAUACGUGAUAUCGGAGUCGAUUUUUGGAGGGGAAUUUAAGUGCCAAUCGACCAUUGUAUUGGGAGCUACAUGCAGCUUUAAAUGUCAUAAUUCCUACCGCCUACCUCCAAUGAGGAGGAAACAACUAACCUUACGUUGUGAGAUUGCCUUGGGCAAGCCUACUCUUGUUCUUGAGGGCCCCGUUAGUAAUUUGUUGGAGAAAUCGUACAGGGAAUGCUCGCCUUCACCCAGAACGUGCCAGACGAUUAAAGGAAUCGAAAAAGGGAAAAUGUUUGGAAAAGGAGGUAAUAAUGGAAAAUUUGGAGAAACCAUAUCCAUACGAUGUGAUCCUGGUUAUAUAAUACCCGGAUUUAAGAAUCUUAGCCAAGCGACCUUAAUCUGCUCGGAUUAUGAAUUUAAGAAGAGUUUUAGCGAUAAAAAAAUUACAAGCAAUACUCUACAAUGGAGAAUUGUUGAAAAGGGAAAUGUCCCAUUCGACGAAAUGCCUAAUAGGAUUUUUAGGUGUGCAGGCCAAUUUUCACCGUUUGUGGAAAAUUGUAAGGGACACGAACCGGAUUUGGACGAAAAGCCGCCCGGGGAACUUGAAGAGCGUUUCCAUUUCGUUAGAGCGUCGAAGAGUAAAUUCCCUAUCGAAAUCGAUAUGAAAAGAGCCGGUUGGUAUCCUCGUUUCCUUUCCGAUGGUAAGGAAGUUAUAAGUAAUCUACAAAAGAAGAAUUUCAAAACACUAAUAAUCAAAGAACCAAAUGAGAUUUAUAGACUUAAUUUUUCUGCCUCAAAUCCUAGAUAUCCUCACUAUUCAGCCCAUUGUUUAAUUGCAGUGAUGGGUUUCAGUCAGUGUUCUAAAAGAGAAAUAUAUGAGUCUUACCUAAAAUUUCUAAAAAGCAAGACCUGGAAAUUUUAUUGUGAAUCUGCAUUAAUUAAUAAGGAUAGUAGACCUAUUUCAAGACCAAAUAGAACUUGUACCUUUCAAUGUAGGAAUCAUAGACAAGUCGCUCACGAAUUUCGGUCAAUCGGUAAGAAUUUAAUUUGUGAGAAUUACGAGAAUUGGUAUGGUUUGGACGAAACAACUUUUAUGUGCGUUGUCGAUGGUAGCUUUCUAUCAUUUGAUAAUCAAUUAAACUCCUAUGAAUGUAGUAAUAUUAGAAGAUUAUGGAGGAUGGAUAUUCUGUUGUUUAAAAGAAAUAGAAAUGAUUUUAGUAGCAGUCACACAGUAAGCCCUGUUUAUCUGAAAUUGAGGGACGAACUGCAAUCGAUAUAUGACUCUAAGGCUGAUGAAUUUUAUUAUGAUUUAUUUCGUAUAAACGAUAAUGGUACCCGUCGAUUAAGACGUAGAUUGUUAUACACUAGAAGUGGAUGCAGUCAUCCGGGUCUGGCAGAGAACUAUGAAAGUCAUUAUUGCAUUGGAUGCCUCAGGGGUUAUAUGAUGUCGAAAGAUGGCGAUGAAUGUAUACCCUGCCCGAAGCAUCAUUAUCAAGAUGAAAUUGAGCAGUCGGAUUGUAAACCUUGCCCAAAGGGGCAACAUCAGCCGAACCAAGGUUCUUCAUUCUGCGAGAAUUGUCCCGGAAAUAAUUGCUCGAAUCCUAAGGCAAAAAGGAAAUCGGAAAACGAUGGAAUAGUCGUAAAAGUUACAACAAUUUGCAGUAUUAUUGAGACUUGGGCUAAAACAGGAUUACAGAGAUUUUCGAUUGUAGCAACUGUACAAUACGAACCGAGUAGACUUACAGGUUUAAAACAGUCAAAAGAUUCAUCAACGUCCUAUUUAAAGAAAGCAAUCAACACCUUUAAAUCUAUUAUUAAACAACGAGGCAUUAAAUUUAUAACAACUAAACUAUUGACCGAUGCCGACAAGGCUAACGUUCUGUCUUAUCAUAUGAGGAUUUCUGCUAAUAACAAGUUUGUGGUCGACUGCCCUAAAGGAAUGAAUUUAUUACAAGACGGAUUUUGUCUGUUGGGGGAAAAGAUAGGGGGAAGGGACUAUGAUGAGGGAAGAGAAGAGUUAAAGGGGGAAUAG